AUGACUAUUGAGCAACUCAUGGGUAUACAAGCCAAUCUGAUGCAAGCCAUGAUAAACCACAUAAACAAUGAACCAGUAGCAGCACCACCGCCGGUUCAAGUUCGUGAAAAGCGUGGGGAGUUCUUGAAAGGACGUCCCCCGGUGUUCACCCACGCCUCUGAUCCACUGGAGGCAGACGACUGGUUAAAAGCAGUCGAGAAGCAACUGAACAUAGCCCAAUGCAGCGACCUGGAGAAAGUUCUGUAUGCCUCAGGCCAGCUGCAAGGACCUGCACAGGAGUGGUGGGAGUCCUAUCAAUAUGGACGCCCGAACAAUGCUCCGUCAGUCACCUGGAAGGAGUUUAUUGAAGGGUUCAGGUCCCAUCAGAUUCCAGAGGGCCUGAUAGAAUUGAAAGCAGAAGAGUUUUGGUCUCUCAAGCAGGGAUCGAUGUCACUGCAGCUGAUGAGCAACACUUAUCCUUGUUUCCAAGAAUUUGUGAACCAUGCAAUUGUCAUCGACAACAAGCGCAAGGAGAUGGACGCAAAGAAAAGGAAGCUCUAG